AUGCCGUGCGCCGACUGUUACCGAGGCCAUGAUCAUCUAGGUCCUGUUCACGGUCACGAGGCCAUGCUACAUGGUCUUGACGUGUACAUCACUGAGCCUCAGACCGGACCGGUUUCCCAGACGGGACUUAUCGUUGUCCUUUCGGAUGCUUUUGGAUGGAACACGAUAAAUCUGCGUGGCGUGGCAGAUAGGUACGCAGAACGGACCGGCUGCAAAGUGUACCUGCCUGAUUUCAUGCAUGGAACAUCUGCACCUGCAUCGAUCAAGUCAGUGGUCGAUAGAGUCCUCACCGAGAAAGGCUUCUGGGGAUGGCUAGUAAAACCAUGGCUCAUAUUGAAGGCAGCAUAUUUUAUGGUGCCUUUCAGUAUACGGAACAACCCCGAGAAGCGCUAUCCAGGCGUUCGACAGUUUAUGGAUGACCUGCGCUGCUCUGAAGCAUCUAAUCUAAAGGUCGGCGUCGUCGGCUUCUGCUGGGGCGCAUAUGGCGUCACGCACUUGGCUCAUGGCGGGUUAGCCAGCAAUGGCAAAACGCUCAUUGACGCAGCGUUCACUGCUCACCCCAGUGAGAUAAAGGUCCCUGAGCAUAUCGAAAACGUGAAGCUCCCUUAUAGCAUGGUUAUUGGCGAUAUCGACUUUGCACUACCCCUGAAGGAUGUGCAGAAAGCAGCUGAAAUUCUAGAGGGGAAGAAAGAUUUAGACAGCGAGGUGGUUAUUAUUCCCAACGCGAAGCAUGGCUUUGCUGUUAGAGGUGAUCCAAAUAACAAGGAGGAUAAGGAGAUGGCUGACCAAGCAGAAGAUCAAUUGGUUAGAUGGUUCGCUAAAUAUCUGGUUUAA